AUGAGGAGGGAAGAUUGUGGUUGCUAUACUUUACUCACGAAAGAACUUUUAGUUGAAGACAAAAAUGCUUUUAAACAGUACUUACGAAUGGAUGAUCAUUGCCUCCAGGAACUAAUAAACUACGUAAAGGUUGAUCUUACAAAAAAGGACACAGUGAUGAGAAAUUCGAUUUCAGUACCAGAAAAGGUUGCUCUUGUUCUCAGAUUCUUGGCCUCCGGUGAAUCUUUUAGGAGCCUUGAAUACCAAAGUAGGCUUUCGGAAUCAAUUAUAUUUAUUACAGUUCCUGAAGUGUGUGAAGCCAUUUAUAAAAAACUUGGACCAGAAUAUCUGAAGUUUCCAAGUUGCAACGAAGAAUGGAUAAAUAUUGCUAAAGGUUUCGAAUUUCGAUGGCAGUUUCCACAUAGCCUAGGUGCUAUAGAUGGCAAGCAUGUAGCUUUCCGCGCAUCAAGGGGCCAUGGGGCCAUCUAUUACAACUACAAAGGAUUCAAUAGCAUAAUUUUACUGGCGAUGUGUAAGGCAGAUUACACGUUCACAUAUAUUAACUUUGGUUUGAAUGGAGGCUGCCAUGAUGCCGGAGAUUUGAGUCAAAGCGAUCUGAAUCAAAUUCUUUACAAUGACGAUUCUCUUUCGAAGGAUGAAGUCAUUGGCAAUGAGCUAAAUCUUCCCUAUGUUGUCAUUGGAGACGACGCAUUUCCAUUGACAAAACAGAUUUUGAAGCCUUUUCCAUACCUCGUCUUAGCCAUGCCAGACAGACAAUAG